GCACGGCUUGCAUCUUUCUCCCUCUAAGUCCUUCGUAGCAUAGCAAGUGUCCAUGUCGGCAAAAGAUGAUCCUUCACCAGAGGAGCAGGCGACUACUAGCGCUGUUUCGUUGCAAUCUCCAUUCUGUGCUAUCUGUUCAACCAAACCUGCAGUCUAUACCUGUCCCCGCUGCUCCAUUCGGACAUGCUCUCUGCUAUGCUCGACAGCUCACAAGACCCGCGAUGAGGGGUGCUCCGGGGUGAGGAACAAGGCAGCCUAUGUUCCCAUGAACCAAUAUGGCUACAUGGCGCUCAUGAGCGACUACACAUUCCUGGAGGAUGUGGGAAGGAGAGUUGGCGACUGGGGGCGGGAGAUUGUGCAGGGCAGAUACACGGCGAGUACCCAAGAGGUUGGGCGCGUUCGGGCCACUCCGAUGAGGAGCCGCGGUCGGGGGCGUGGGAUGAGGGGAGGACCCGCUGGUGGUGGCAAACUCAGAUCGAAGCGUGAGGUGCUGAAGAUGUCACUCGACUUCCGGGACAUUGAGAUGGAACUGCUGCCGAAUGGUAUGGAAAGACGAAUACUCAACCAGUCGACAUGGGAUUUCAAAAACCGGACUGCCCUCCUUACUGUUGAGUUCAGGUUCCACCCUCCUCGAGACCCGUUAGCUCCUUCCUCCCAAGCGUCCAGUCCACCCUUCACGUUGUUGACACACCGCAAUGCGCUUGAAAAAUCUCUGCUUUCACUCUUGCAAGAUCAAAUGAACGAGCGAGGGAAAUCCAAGAAGGCUGACCCUCUUCCGUCGUGGAUACAUUCGCUUGUCUUUCCUGACGUAGAUGUCCCUGACGCUUUCAUGCCGCCAACUUGUGUGAUGCGCACACCGCUUGACCCUCUGUCAUCUCUGAAAACACGCACGGGUUACGGCGCUCCACGCCCUGGUCACAUUAUUUGCGAAGGCUACUACAAACUUGAUCCCUCGCAGUCCCUCGGAGCCAACCUGAAGCACAAGAACUUUGUAGAGUUUCCGACCAUAGAGGUCUGGGAGGAUGGCAUAUUCCACGGGACUAUAGUCGAUCAUCAAGGCAUUGUUCUCCAUGGCGAUGAGGAACCUCAGCCGAAGAGGCGGAAGCUCAGUGCAAAGGCCGGCAAGAAAGCCAUCACAGGAUUGUUGACUGGCUACGGGAGUGACGAUGAAGACGGCAGGGAGAAGGAGGAGCAGAACGUGCUCGACUUGCUCGGCGGGUAUGCUGGCAGUGACGACGACGCAGAUACACAGCGUGAACCGAACUCUGGCCCGCCGGGAAAUGCUAACACUUUGGGAGACGACGAAGCGUAUGACGAUGGGCUAUGCGACGAGGAUGCCGAAGGCGAGACGGACGAUGAGUUCCAGGCAGAGCCAGAAGACAUAGCGACGUUGCUUGAACAGCUCCGCCAGGCAGGCGCGCUCCGAGACCCUAGAGCAGCCAGCGCACUACCUGGUUUCGCGGAUGGUGAUGACGAGGAGGUCGAUUGGGGCGACUCGAGCGAGGAAGAACAAAACGAUGACGGAUAGAGCUCCUGUGCGACUGUUUUGUUUCUGUAUAUUGCGCCUUGCAUAUAGACCAAUGACUUGUUCGAGGAUGAUCAUACAUCCUGUCG